GUUCAGUUCGUCGUUUCUGCGCGCGUUCGUUCCUUAUCCUAAUAUUUAGUUAUGCGAUAGGAACUGAUUGUUAGAACGAAAAUAUCAUAAGCGUCGCCUACAGCUUCGGUACAUCUGUAUAGUUCUUAUUGUCAAAGAACGCGUCGUCAAAGCACCAUGCGGAUUCGAUUGAAUUCGAAUGCACUUGUGCAGUUUCCUCGUGUUAUUGCGGGUACGAGCACAAGCACGAAGCUACCGGAAGGCACGAGAUUACCGGAAGGUGUUGACUGCUGGUGGGGCGACGCUGAAUUCGCAAAACGUAUGCGACUACUGCCUCAUUCGAUUGCUGCUGCACUUUAUCGCGACCCGGCGACAAUCGCCGCCGUUGAGUGCAGGAAGAGCUCUGUAUCAUCACGUCAUAGGGAGAUGCCAACCUUUCGGCCAAAGAAAGUCCUUAUUCUGAGUAAGACUACCCGGUUUGAAUUCGAGAAGCGCUUACAUAAUAUUGGCGACGACAGGGAAUUAGAGAACCUGUUGAAACGUCGAGGUUCUGACUACCAUCUAUUAUACUCUAAGCAUCAGAGCCACUAUGACUACUUGAAGACUAUUCGGUCUGAACUUGAAGCUGCUGGGGUCGAGGCGCGAGUAGUCCAACGAGUCGACUACACAGACGAUGCUGUGAGUUGGGCAGAUGCAGUAGUGACGGCAGGUGGAGAUGGUACAUUUCUACUUGCCGCUUCACGGAUUCGACGUAAGGAUAUACCUGUGAUAGGAAUCAACACCGAUCCUCAAGGAUCUGAAGGUUACAUGUGUCUGAUGAGAAAGCUGUCACAGGAUCAUUUCAAAAAGGCCUUGCAGCGACUAUUUAGUGGAGACUUUAGCUGGCUGUUCCGCCAACGUAUCCGCAUUACUCUUAGCGGGGAACCUCAACAAGGAAUCGGUAACUCCGUGGAAUUGAAUGAUGGGCAGCUCAACCAGGCUCCAUCUACGACUCGAUGGAUGGAUGCGCACAAUAUUCCCAGUCCUCCUGCACCCUUUCCAUCACCAUCUCCACAGGAAGACUCUCAUGAUAAUUCACUCGACGAGGAGUUGAAUGAGGACAAAAAAUCGAAGAGUGGCUCUCGUGAGUCUGUGAAAAAGGUGACAGUGCAGCUACCUGUAUUAGCUCUCAAUGAGGUAUUCAUUGGAGAGAGCUUAUCAUCCCGUGUAUCAUACUACGAGAUAAAAAUCGACAAAAGUGCGAUGGUCAGACAGAAAAGUAGUGGAAUCGCUAUCUGCACUGGAACGGGUUCUACAUCCUGGUACUUCAACAUAAACAAACUGACGGACCAAUGUGUUUCUGAACUGCUUCGUAUAGCAGCGGAACGAUGCAAGGUCAACCUUCCAUUCAAUAAUGAGCAAGUCGUCAGCGACAUAUGCACAAAGUUCAAUCAGCAAUUGAUAUUCUCUCCUGAUUCUCAAAGAAUGGCAUUUUCUGUACGAGACCCUAUCUUCAAUGCAACAUUUCCUCCAGUAUCUCCUCGCGGGUUCGCUGAGAAGAUAUUCGUCAAAAGUCGGGGAUACGAUGCGCAUCUGGUCGUUGAUGGAGGCGUAUCUUAUCAGUUCAACGAUGGCGCUGAAGCUUCGCUGGAAGUGCAUGAGGAGGAUGCUUUGCGCACAGUUAUCUUCAGCGUAGUAUCAUAUGCGCUGGAAGGAAAAGAUCUAUCAGAAGUCGUUGUUGGUUAUCUGGGUAUUCCAUAUGCUAAAGCACCUAUCAAGGAUCUUAGGUUCAAGGAAUCCGAGAUAGCCUCUUUUGAUGAAACCGGUACAUAUACGGAAUGGCCGAAAGGAUGUUCAGGAUACCUGGAUGAAGGAGGUAACGAGGACUGCCUCUAUCUUAGCCUGCUUGUUCACAGGAAGAAAAGUUCAGAAAAGCGAAGUACACUUCUGAUCAUCACGAAUGAAGAAUUGAGCGAGAAGAAAUUGAUUGGAUUAGUGUCGUCCCCAUUGAACAUCGGUGUGGCAGCCAUCAGAAGUGGACUGCUAGGCAGUUUUGCUAACAGUUCUUAUGGAAUAAGCGACGUCAUAAAUGCAGUAAAGUUUCUCAAAAACAACGCGGAUCUCUUCAAUGUUGGAGAGAUUACUGUAUGGGCAGAGUCAUUCGAGGCUGAGACUCUUGCUUCGGCUCUUUCUCAAGCAGGUAUCGAACAGUUCUUCCAAAUACCUUAUGAAGAUUUCUAUUUGGGUGUUGAUCGAGCAAUUUUGAUUAACGGUAAUGCGAAGACGAGGACUAUUGGGAGGGACCGAUUUUCAUCUCGACUCACUUAUAGAAUAGUUGCAGAUUUAGAAUGUGAUUUACCCUCAUCUGCCCAAUCUCUCGAUUGCUUGCGGUCAAAGUCACUUUCGGAGCUUCAAAAGACUGUGAAAAAAGUUUCGUCUUCAUUUUAUCCUUUUGGAAAUCCCUUCCGAUCGCCUCCUCUCGAGCAACCCUAUAUUCCCACAAUCCUAGGAGUCUAUAAACAGCUACCUCGAGAUUAUCCAACGGAUGCAAAUUUUGACGAAAACUAUAGCUAUGUCGACUUCAAGAAAGCUCUCGCAGGUCUCCUUCCUGACUCUAUAUACAGAAAUGCCCCAUUACUGCGAAGAAUGAUUCUUCAUCAUUACAUCUACACUCAAGGAGAUAAGAAGAAUACGUACUUGUUAUUUGAGCAAAUAAGAAAAGCCAUAUAUGACCGUGAUUUCAUAGCCCCAACGCAAAAGCUUGUCAAUGAGUUGAGAAGAAACGAGAAUCCUGUGUAUUUGCUUGAGUAUGGCAUUGAUAACCCACCAAAAUCUUGCCUUCAAGAUGGAGGUUGGGAAGACAUCAAGCCAUUUUGUGACAAAAUUUUCCAGUACUUCACGAGAUUUGCUAUCAAAGGACAACCAACAAAAAAUAGCUGCGAGCCAACGAAUCCAACCUGGCCUGCAAUGGGUACCUCGAAGCGCGACUAUCACGUUAUUCUCAAGGCUGAUGGCACAGUAGAAUGGGAUUCGAAUUUCCAUCUGGCAAGCGUGGAAUUGUGGAAUAAUCUGCUACCAGCAUUGGAUCAGCUAGAACUCAGCGGAAGGAGGGACACCGCCUUCGCGGAGGAAGUACAGCUGUCACCGACUGAAUUGGAAGACGAUGUACAAGAAUGGCAUCGCAGAUCUGCGGAAGUGGGAGGAUUUGACUAUACUGAAGAGCAAGCUUUGAAUGAUCUACCUUAUCAUGGGGAUUUAUAG